AUGUCAGAAGAGCUUGGUGAUGAUGACGACUAUCUCUUUGAGAAGUUUGUAGCAGAGACGAACGCAAGAUCAGCUAGAGAACAGGCUCAUGAGACCCAACAGAGUGAUGAGGAAUUGCAGCAGGAGUUAAGGGUUGCCAUUGAUAACAUCAUUCACACACUGGAAAGAGAGAUGCAAAGAGAACCACACCCAAUGAGAGAUGUACAACCAAGAACAAGAGAUGAAAACGGGAACAACAAUCAAGAAUCUUUAUUUGUACAACGAAGACCCUAUUUGAGACUUCUAAUUACGAAUCUACUGUUAUUUGACUAUUUUGUAGUCGUUCUUCUUUUCCCCUUCUCACUCUACAACAUUUUAAGAUGUGGAUUUAGCAUUAUGACUCUAUCAGAGAACGAUUUUUUUUCCGAAGUGGUAACGUACUGCCGUCACGUCAAGAUAUUUGGUGAUGAUGGUAAAUCUCUAUUGGUCUAUGGUGAAAGUAAUCUCGGACUAUUGGGUAAAUUCCAUAACAUAGUGGUUUUCUAUACCUCACCAUUGGCUAGGUAUCUGGCUAAAUGGGUACCCGUUGCCUCCGAUCACUUGAUCCGGCAGAUUUAUGUGAAAUUUUACCAGUAUUUGGUUAAAAGCUCUACAGUAUUUGUCUAUUUGACAUAUGGUGUCGGAGGGACCGUCUAUCUGGCAAUGGCUGGUUUUUUCUUUGCAGUUUGCAUUGCCAUUACUCUAAUUAGGCGGUACAAGAAUGUACAUAGGAUGGUUGCUGGCAGCCUUGAAACCGCUACAAGGAUACCCGGGGUGUGGUGA